AACUGUGAUCACACUACUUAAGACACUUCUGAGGCACUGAAUGUACUGGAGUAACAUGUCAGAGUGAAGGUGUGUUCACACUGUUCUUCACCAGGACCUUUAGUGGAUAUUUUACACCAUUAGAGAAUCUGUAAAAUUUGAUGGGAAAGUGUUGAAGAUGAGCGUGUCCUUUCUGUCCAUCAGCCACACAGGUAGCGAAUAAUCCCUGACUUUAAGGUAAAAGAUGACAUCCCAACCUUCAUUAGGAUCUUAUCAGAAUCUCCUGCUGCCUCUCUUCCUGCUCUUUUGUUUUGGAGGAGCGUUCUUCACUUACUACAAGCCGUCUGUAAGCUGGAUCAUCUGCUCCAAUGUUCCAGUCUCCACACAUGAAGUCUGCACAGAUGAAUGCCUCAAGAUAUUAACAGCGAACUUUACCCAGAACAUUACAGCUCUUAACCACACUGUGGAAAAGCAACUACAACCAGUCACCAAAGCAGCUGUCACAGACGAAAACAUCAUCCUUUUAAUCUGGAAUUGGCCUUUUGGUUUUAGGUUCGAUGUAAAAGCCUGUAGUCCACAGUUUGGUAUUGAAGGUUGUCAAAUUACCGACGACAGAAGCCAAUAUGACAAAGCCCAUGGAGUUAUGUUUCAUCACAGAGAUAUUGGUGGUGAUUUCUCAGGUCUGCUGAACAGACCACGACCUCCAUACCAGAAGUGGGUGUGGAUGAACAUGGAGUCUCCUGAUAAUUCAGGUAGACGUGCUGAGGUUGAUAAUGCAUUUAAUCUUACAUCAAACUAUCGGAGAGAUUCAGAUGUCUGGGUACCUUAUGGGAGACUCGUUGAAGUGUCAGAGAAGGAAAAAACCUUUCAAAUACCAACGAAGGAUAAAAUAGUGUGCUGGAUCGUCAGUAACUGGAAUCCCAACUUUAAAAGAGUGAAAUAUUUUACUGAACUCAGCAAACACAUCAAAGUAGAGGCUUACGGUAGACACUUCAACAGGUACAUCGGCAGUGAAGACUAUAAUAAGAUUUUAUCGAGCUGUAAGUUCUACUUGUCCUUCGAGAACUCCAUCCACAAAGACUACUUCACAGAGAAGCUGUUUAAUCCCAUGGAUGUCGGCACAGUUCCUGUGGUUCUCGGUCCACCCAGGGAGAACUAUGAGGAAGUCAUUCCCUCAGAUUCAUUUAUUCAUGUGGACGACUUCAAAUCUCCUCAGGAACUGGCAGAACAUCUCAAAUAUAUGGACCAGAACCAGGAGGCUUAUGAACGCUACUUCACCUGGAGACAAUACUUCACUGCUUUAGGUUCACCGUUCGGUCUAGAACACGCAUGUCGUAGCUGUGAGCAUAUAAAGAACAAUAAGGCGUACAGAGUGUUUAAAAAUCUCAAUAAGUGGUACUGGGGUUAGCUAGCAUGACACGAGAUGUACCGGCUAGCAUCGUUUUUAACUUUUACAGUGAAAUGACCAUAAAUCAUUAUAUUCAUUUCUAUCUAGAUGUUAAGGUUGCACAUCUCCUGCUAUUUGCAUGGACAUGAAAUCAUACUAUCUACACUAAUAAUAAUAAUGACACUGAAUGUCAAGUAAUAGCUUUAAAUGCUACGUUGAUUUACCUAGAUAUUAUUAUUAUUAUUAUUAUUAUUAUUAUUAUUAUUAUUAUUAUUAUUAUUAUUAUUAUUAUUAUUAACUGUCUCUGCCCUGCUGGUUCAGUUUUGUAGAGAAGUUCGAUUGUGAAAUAAUCAGUGGAUCACAUUGUGUAUCUUUGUUAAGAAUGGGAGUUGCUCUGUUCUAAAGCACUCGAGAGCUGAGAAAGAUCCAUAUCUACGCUUUUCUGGUUCAUGUUUACAUGUUGACAUUAUUCUAAGUGCCUUAAUAAACGUCUGUGCUCAGGG